UCCUCAACCUCUCACUCCCCUGUUUCCUUCCAUCCGCCAUUGAAGCAGCCACAGAAAGCUUCAGUCCAGAGCUUCUCUUCCAUGGCUGCCGCCGCCGAGAUGGCCCUCGUGAAGCCGAUGUCGAAGUUCUGCAGCAGAACUCCCGAAUUCGAGAGCCAUAGAGCUAGAGCGAGAGCGGGAGUGGGAGCGGGAGCGAGGGCAUUCUCUUACUCCAAAUUCACCGCCAUUAAAAUGUCUGCAGCUUCUCAAUCGCCUCCAAGUUCCUCGAAGAAAGGCAACAAGGCUGUGAUUAAGGAGACGCUUCUUACGCCGAGGUUCUACACCACCGAUUUCGAUGAAAUGGAGACGCUCUUCAACACAGAAAUCAACAAGAACUUGAACCAGUCCGAGUUCGAGGCUCUGCUCCAGGAGUUCAAGACCGAUUACAACCAGACGCACUUCGUCAGGAACAAGGAGUUCAAGGAAGCUGCUGAUAAAAUGGAAGGCGACCUCAGGCAGAUCUUUGUGGAGUUUCUUGAGAGGUCUUGUACUGCUGAGUUCUCUGGGUUUCUUCUCUACAAGGAGCUGGGAAGGAGGCUUAAGAAAACCAAUCCAGUGGUGGCUGAGAUUUUCUCUCUGAUGUCUAGGGAUGAAGCCAGGCAUGCUGGGUUUUUGAACAAGGGUCUGUCUGAUUUCAACUUGGCAUUGGACUUGGGGUUCCUGACAAAGGCUAGGAAAUACACAUUUUUCAAGCCUAAGUUCAUCUUCUAUGCAACGUAUUUGUCUGAGAAAAUUGGAUACUGGAGAUACAUAACCAUUUACAGACAUCUCAAGGCCAACCCUGAAUUCCAAUGCUACCCAAUUUUCAAGUACUUUGAGAACUGGUGCCAAGAUGAGAACAGGCAUGGUGAUUUCUUUUCAGCAUUGCUCAAGGCACAGCCCCAGUUCCUCAAUGAUUGGAAGGCUAAGUUGUGGUCCCGGUUCUUCUGCUUAUCGGUGUAUGUGACAAUGUAUCUCAAUGACUGCCAAAGAACAGCUUUCUAUGAGGGAAUUGGCCUUAACACUAAAGAAUUUGACAUGCAUGUCAUCAUUGAGACAAACCGCACGACGGCGAGAAUAUUCCCCGCCGUACCAGACGUCGAGAAUCCCGAGUUCAAGAGGAAACUGGACAGGAUGGUAGAGAUCAAUGAGCAGCUGAUUGCUGUUGGAGAAAGCAAUGAGCUUCCCCUGGUGAAGAACCUGAAGAGGAUCCCACUUGUUGCAGGAUUAGUGUCUGAGAUUUUGGCUGCAUAUUUGAUGCCUCCAAUUGAGUCUGGAUCUGUUGAUUUUGCAGAGUUUGAGCCUCAACUUGUGUACUAAAUUUUUGCACUCAGCUCUUCUUCUCCACUCAUCCUCUUAGUAUUAUGUUCGAUUUCAAUGAAUUACCCUCUUCUCCUGUCAAUGUAAUGUAUGUAAAAAUAUCAUCACAGACAUUGAGUAAUGAAUUCGUUCUCUAAAGUUUAAACUAUUUCAUCUUUA